AUGGAGGUCGCCGAACUUAAGGAAGAUGCACGUGCAGGAGGGGUGGUUAGAUCCAUGGAGGGAAAAGGGGAGGAGACUUGCUUGAGGCACCAUGGAAGGAGGAGCACCCACCCGCUAGCCUGCCCUCCAUGGCGCACCCUCCCCUCCCCUCCCCUCCCCAUCGUGGAGGUGUCCUCCAUCGACGAGGUGGAGGCGCUCGCCACCGAUGGAGGGCCCCGCCGGAUCAUCAUUCUGGAGGCGGUGUCCCUCGAGCACGCGCUUGCGAUGCUGUCGGCCCUCCGCGCCAAGGGUUUGCUGGGGGACCAUCACGCCGGGGGCUUCGGCGACUCCGACGCCGAGGGCAGCGCCAGCGCGGGCGAGGGCUUCGACGGCCUCCUCGUCUCCGACGACGACGCCUUCUACGUGGGGUUCGACGGCGCGGGAGCGGACCACGGGGGCGACGACGUCGUCGCAGAGGGGUGGGCCAUCGACCACCUGGACCGCCUCCUCCGCGCUUCCGAUCUCGGGCGGGUGCUGGACGAGAUGGCCGCGGACACGCUCCCUCGCCUUCUCAAGGACCUGACGGACGCCGCGACGCUCCGAGAGCUCCGCCUCCUCGCAAGGGACGUCCGCCGCAUCGGCAAGGAGAUUCCCGGGCUGAUGGGGCAGCCCCCCGUCACGCUGGGGAACUACAUCCAGAACGUCGUCAACAAGGCCCUCCAGCGAGGUGGAUCCGACCGCAGGGCGUGGGUGGAGGAGCGCUGGGGCAGGAUCCUCGCUAGGGUCUUCGCCCUCUGCCAUGACUACCCAGUGUCAUUCGCCUAG